GCUGCUCUUCUUGGAAUGUUGAUUGGAAUACCCACUAACCUUGCAAGUUUAUGCGCCGUUAUUCAGCCAUGAUUUUAGUAAACAUUUAGUUUUAACUUGAUUCAAAUUAAAUUUUCGGUUACAAUGUGGUGGACCCGUUCAACGGUAACAACAGUAGUUCUACUAACUCUUAUAAAGCCUUUUCACUGUCAGGUUGUCGGUAUUUCUUGCUCUGUAAAAAAUUCCGAUGACUUGGGAGUUUGCAAACUGUUAAGUGAAUGUAAGCAAGUCCGUGACGACAUUUUAAAACAACAACAACUACCACAACUAUGCGGAUUUCGGGAAACUCAAGCAAUAGUUUGUUGUCCACAGAAAAAGCGAAAACCGCGUGACAUUAGCAAAAUAAAAUGUAAGGAGUAUUCUUCUUAUGCGAAAAACGAAUGCGGACAUAAAAUUGUUAAACGUAUUAUAGGCGGAGAAUUUGCAGGGAGCAAAGAAUUUCCGCACAUGGCAUUAUUAGGAUUUGAAAAAAAAGGUUCAGCUAAUAACAUAACACAAUGGAGAUGUGACGGUAUAAUUAUUAGCGACCGCUACAUUUUAACUGUGGCGCAGUGUUUAAAUACGAGGGGUUUUGAUCUUAAAUAUGUAAAAGUGGGGGUCACUGAUCUUAACGAAACUGACCAUCAACAAGAAAUAAGAGUGUUACAAACCGUUCCACAUCCUGACUAUAAACCUCUUCAAAGUCUCAGGAAUGAUAUUGGACUUAUUAAAUUAGAAAAACCGAUCGAGUUAAAUUCUUAUGCACGACCGGCUUGUCUCUACACAGAGAGAGCACUUGCAGUUGAUUUGGCUGUAGUCACUGGAUGGGGUGUUACAGAAGCAGGAUCUAGCAGCAAUAAAUUAAAAAAAGUAGAACUACCUUUUGUGUCCAGUGAAUUGUGUGCCGUCUUAUUUAAAUAUGCUAAAAAUGGGUUCGAUGAAGAUUUACAAAUUUGUGCUGGAACCGCAAAUAAGGACAGUUGUCAGGGCGACACAGGAGGCCCACUUCAGAUACAUCAUGAAGGUGAUGAUAUUUCCUGCAUGUAUGAUAUUGUGGGAAUUUCUUCUGCUGGGGCUAGGGUCUGUGGGACUGCCCCAAGUAUAUACACAAGAGUUUCACACUACGUCCAGUGGAUUGAAGAUAUAGUGUGGCCAGAAAAAUAGUGUGAUUUUGGCAAAUAAAACGUUUAAUCAA